CUCCGCGCCAGGAGCGGCCGGUCUCCGGCUCCCGACCCUCGCGCCCCAGGCGCCCACUCUCGGGCAGCAUGACUCGGCUGAGCUGGUGCUUGUCCUGCGUGAUCCGAUGGGGCAAGUACCUUUUCUCGUGCCUCCUGCCCCUGCGCUUCUGCAUCCGCAGCCAGCCAGAGGAUCUGGAGGCCCCCAAGACCCACCACUUCAAGGUGAAGACCUUCAAGAAGGUGAAGCCCUGUGGGAUCUGCCGUCAGGUCAUCACACAUCAAGGCUGCACCUGCAAAGUCUGCAGCUUCUCCUGUCAUCGGAAAUGCCAGGCCAAGGUAGCUGCCCCCUGCGUUCCUCCAUCCAACCAUGAGCUGGUGCCCGUCACCACUGAGAAUGCACCAAAGAAUGUAGUGGACACGGGAGGAGGUGCCUCCCAGGGUGGAAACACACGGAAAAGCCUCGAGGACAACGGCUCCACCAGGGUCACCCCGAGCAUCCAGCCCCUUCUCCAACCCAUCAGAAACAUGAAUGUGAGCCGGACCAUGGAGGACAGCUGUGAGCUGGACCUGGUGUACGUCACAGAGAGGAUUAUCGCUGUCUCCUUCCCCAGCACAGCCAAUGAGGAGAACUUCCGGAGCAACCUCCGCGAGGUGGCCCAGAUGCUCAAGUCCAAACAUGGAGGCAACUACCUGCUGUUCAACCUCUCUGAGCGAAGACCUGACAUCACGAAGCUUCACGCCAAGGUACUGGAAUUUGGCUGGCCCGACCUCCACACCCCAGCCCUGGAGAAGAUCUGCAGCAUCUGUAAGGCCAUGGACACGUGGCUCAAUGCAGACCCCCAUAAUGUCAUUGUUCUUCACAACAAGGGAAACCGAGGCAGGAUAGGAGUUGUCAUAGCAGCUUACAUGCACUACAGCAACAUUUCUGCCAGCGCAGACCAGGCUCUGGACCGGUUUGCAAUGAAACGGUUCUAUGAGGAUAAGAUUGUGCCCAUUGGCCAGCCAUCCCAAAGAAGGUACGUGCAUUACUUCAGCGGCCUGCUCUCUGGCUCCAUCAAAAUGAACAACAAGCCCUUGUUUCUACACCACGUGAUCAUGCACGGCAUCCCCAACUUUGAGUCUAAAGGAGGAUGUCGGCCAUUUCUCCGCAUCUACCAGGCCAUGCAACCUGUGUACACGUCUGGUAUCUACAACAUCCCAGGAGACAGCCAGACCAGCGUCUGCAUUACCAUUGAGCCAGGGUUGCUCUUGAAGGGAGACAUCUUGCUGAAGUGCUACCACAAGAAGUUCCGAAGCCCAGCUCGAGACGUCAUCUUCCGUGUGCAGUUCCACACCUGUGCCAUCCACGACCUGGGGGUUGUCUUUGGGAAGGAGGACCUUGAUGAUGCUUUCAAAGAUGAUCGAUUUCCGGAAUAUGGCAAAGUGGAGUUUGUAUUUUCUUAUGGACCAGAAAAAAUUCAAGGUAUGGAGCACCUGGAGAAUGGGCCGAGUGUGUCUGUGGACUAUAACACCUCUGACCCCCUCAUCCGCUGGGACUCUUACGACAACUUCAGUGGGCAUCGAGAUGACGGCAUGGAGGAGGUGGUGGGACACACACAGGGGCCACUGGAUGGGAGCCUGUAUGCAAAGGUAAAGAAGAAGGACUCCCUGCACGGCAGCACCGGGGCUGUUAAUGCCACACGUCCUACACUGUCGGCCACCCCCAACCACGUGGAGCACACGCUUUCUGUGAGCAGUGACUCGGGCAACUCUACAGCCUCCACCAAGACAGACAAGACUGAUGAGCCUGUCCCCGGGGCCUGCAGUGCUCCUGCUGCCCUGAGUCCCCAGGAGAAGCGGGAGCUGGACCGCCUGCUGAGCGGCUUUGGCUUAGAGCGAGAGAAGCAAGGCACCAUGUACCAUGCCCAGCACCUCAGGUCCCGCCCAGCGGCAGGCCUGGCUGUGCCCUCCUCUGGACGCCACGUUGUCCCAGCACAGGUUCAUGUCAACGGUGGGGUGUUAGCAUCUGAGCGGGAGACAGACAUCCUGGAUGAUGAGUUGCCAAACCAGGAUGGGCACAGUGCGGGCAGCAUGGGCACGCUGUCUUCCCUGGACGGGGUCACCAACACCAGUGAGGGGGGCUACCCAGAGGCCCUGUCCCCACUGACCAAUGGUCUGGACAAGCCCUAUCCCAUGGAGCCUAUGGUCAAUGGAGGAGGCUACCCCUACGAGUCCUCCAGCCAGGCGGGGCCUGCCCAUGCUGGCCACAUGGCCCCCAUGCGGCCCUCCUACUCUGCCCAGGAGGGUUUAGCUGGCUACCAGCGGGAGGGGCCCCACCCAGCCUGGCCACAGCCAGUGACCACCUCCCACUAUGGCCAUGACCCCAGCGGUAUGUUCCGCUCUCAAUCCUUUUCGGAAGCUGAACCCCAGCUGCCCCCAGCUCCAGCCCGAGGAGGAAGCAGCCGGGAGGCUGUGCAGAGGGGGCUGAAUUCAUGGCAGCAGCAGCAGCAGCAGCAGCAGCCUCGCCCACCUCCACGCCAGCAGGAAAGACCCCACUUGGAGAGUCUUGUAACCAGCAGGCCCAGCCCUCAGCCAUUGGCAGAGACCCCCAUCCCCAGUCUCCCUGAGUUCCCGCGGGCAGCCUCCCAGCAGGAGAUUGAACAGUCCAUCGAGGCACUCAAUAUGCUGAUGCUGGACCUGCAGCCAGCCUCGGCUGCUGCCCCGCUACAUAAGUCCCAGAGUGUCCCUGGGGCCUGGCCAGGGGCUUCUCCACUCUCCUCCCAGCCCCUCUCCGGAUCCUCCCGUCAGUCCCAUCCACUGACUCAGUCCAGAUCGGGCUACAUCCCCAGUGGGCAUUCCUUGGGAACCCCCGAGCUGGCCCCACGGGCCUCCCUGGAGUCUGUCCCUCCUGGCAGGUCUUACUCACCUUAUGAUUAUCAGCCAUGUUCGGCUGGGCCUAACCAGGAUUUCCGUUCAAAGAGCCCAGCCUCUUCCUCCUUGCCUGCCUUCCUUCCAACCAGCCACAGCCCUCCAGGGCCUCAGCAACCCCCAGCCUCUCUCCCUGGCCUCUCUGCUCAGCCUCUGCUCUCACCAAAAGAAGUGACUUCAGACCCCUCUCGGACUCCAGAGGAGGAGCCAUUGAAUUUGGAAGGGCUGGUGGCCCAUAGGGUAGCAGCAUACAAUGCCAGGCUGCAGGGCAUCAGGCACAGUGGCAGCUUCCCGCGCCCUCCUCUCCACCAGCUCCGAGCUUCCUCCCUCUCUGGGGCACAGGCUCGGGAGAAGCAGCCGGCAGAGCCCCCAGCCCCUCUGCGGAGGCGGGCGGCCAGUGAUGGACAGUAUGAGAACCAGUCUCCAGAAGCCACAUCCCCCCGUAGCCCUGGGGUUCGCUCCCCUGUCCACUGUGUCUCCCCCGAGCUGGCUCUUACCAUCGCUCUUAAUCCUGGAGGGCGGCCCAAAGAGCCCCAUCUGCACAGCUACAAGGAGGCCUUCGAGGAGAUGGAGGGAACCUCCCCGAGCAGCCCACCGCCCAGUGGGGUGCGGUCCCCUCCGGGUCUGGCCAAGACGCCCCUGUCUGCUCUGGGCCUGAAACCCCACAACCCAGCGGACAUCCUGUUGCACCCCACAGGCGUUACCAGAAGAUGGAUCCAGCCAGAGGAAGAUAAAGGGGAGGGCGUGGUCAGGCUCCCAGAAGAGCCCCGGAGCUAUGUCGAAUCUGUGGCGCGGACGGCCGUUGCUGGGCCCCGAGCUCAGGACUCUGAGCCUAAGAGCUUUAGCACCCCAGCCACCCAGGCCUAUGGCCAUGAGACACCCCUGAGGAAUGGGACCCUGGGUGGCUCCUUUGUCUCCCCCAGCCCCCUCUCCACCAGCAGCCCCAUCCUCAGUGCUGACAGUACUUCCGUGGGGAGUUUCCCAUCAGGAGAGGGCAGCGACCAGGGUCCCUGGACACCCACCCAGCCUUUAUUGGAGUCUGGCUUCCACUCCGGCAGCCUGGGACAGCCCAGUCCGUCCGCCCAGAGAAACUACCAGAGAUCUUCUCCCCUCCCGACCGUGGGCAGCAGCUACAGCAGCCCCGACUACUCACUGCAGCAAUUCAGCUCCUCUCCGGAAAGCCAGGCCCCAGCUCAGUUCAGCGUGGCUGGUGUCCACACAGUGCCUGGGAGCCCUCAGGCACGCCACAGAACAGUGGGCACCAACACUCCCCCCAGUCCUGGCUUUGGCCGCCGGGCCAUCAACCCCAGCAUGGCUGCCCCCAGCAGUCCCAGUUUGAGCCAUCGCCAGGUGAUGGGUCCACCAGGCACUGGCUUCCAAGGUAGCACGGUCUCCAGCCCCCAGAGCAGUGCCGCGACCACCCCGGGGAGCCCCAGCCUGGGUCGGCACCCAGCUGGAGCCCACCAGGUUUCUGGCCUCCACAACAAUGUGGCCACCACCCCAGGGAGUCCCAGCCUGGGCCGACACCCUGGGGCUCACCAAGGCAAUCUGGCCUCUGGUCUCCAUGGCAAUGCGAUAGCCAGCCCUGGAAGCCCCAGCCUGGGCCGGCACCUGGGAGGGUCUGGAUCUGUGGUUCCCGGCAGCCCCUGCUUGGACCGGCAUGUGGCCUAUGGUGGCUACUCCAUCCCUGAGGACCGCAGACCCACACUGUCCCGGCAGAGCAGUGCCUCUGGCUACCAGGCUCCUUCCACACCCUCCUUCCCUGUCUCCCCUGCCUACUACCCUGGCCUGAGCAGCCCCACCACCUCCCCCUCGCCGGACUCAGCAGUCUUCCGGCAAGGGAGCCCAACGCCAGCCUUGCCAGAGAAGCGAAGGAUGUCGGUGGGAGACCGGGCGGGCAGCCUCCCUAACUAUGCCACCAUCAACGGGAAGGUGUCUUCGCCUGUCGCCAGCGGCAUGUCCAGUCCCAGCGGGGGCAGCACUGUCUCCUUCUCCCACACUCUGCCUGACUUCUCCAAGUACUCCAUGCCAGACAACAGCCCGGAGACACGGGCUAAAGUGAAGUUUGUCCAGGACACUUCUAAAUAUUGGUACAAACCUGAGAUCUCCAGGGAGCAGGCCAUAGCGCUCCUCAAGGACCAGGAGCCAGGGGCCUUCAUCAUCCGCGACAGUCACUCCUUCCGAGGCGCCUAUGGGCUGGCCAUGAAGGUGUCUUCGCCGCCUCCAACCAUCAUGCAGCAGAAUAAAAAAGGAGACAUGACCCAUGAGCUGGUCAGGCAUUUUCUGAUAGAGACCGGCCCCAGAGGAGUCAAGCUCAAGGGCUGCCCCAACGAGCCAAAUUUCGGAUCUCUGUCUGCCCUGGUCUACCAGCACUCCAUCAUCCCAUUGGCCCUGCCUUGCAAGCUGGUCAUUCCAAACCGAGACCCCACAGAUGAAUCGAAAGAUAGCUCUGGCCCUGCCAGCUCAACUGCAGACCUGCUGAAGCAAGGGGCAGCCUGCAAUGUGCUCUUCGUCAACUCUGUGGACAUGGAGUCUCUUACUGGGCCACAGGCCAUCUCCAAAGCCACGUCUGAGACAUUGGCUGCAGACCCCACGCCAGCUGCCACCAUCGUUCACUUCAAAGUCUCUGCCCAGGGAAUCACUCUGACUGACAACCAGAGAAAGCUGUUCUUCAGACGCCACUACCCCCUCAACACUGUCACUUUCUGUGACCUGGAUCCACAGGAAAGAAAGUGGACAAAAACAGAGGGCGGCGCCCCUGCUAAGCUCUUCGGCUUCGUGGCCCGGAAGCAGGGCAGCACCACGGACAACGCUUGCCACCUCUUUGCUGAGCUCGACCCCAACCAGCCCGCCUCUGCCAUCGUCAACUUCGUCUCCAAGGUCAUGCUGAACGCUGGCCAAAAAAGAUGAACCCUGCCCCUUGCCCAGGGCCAGUACCGUGGGAAAGGGGCACGUGGGGAGGGGACCCAUGAAUCCUGACCACUCUUGAACCCAGAAAGAGGACUUUGGGCCAAUUUCGGAGGAGAGAAGAAAGUGCAACGUGGGGAGAGGGAAGUGAAUUGCAAAGGGGAGGGGGAAGAGAGAGAGAAAGAGAGAAAGGAAAAGAUGGAGGAGAAGAACUUGGAUUCCCCUGGGUGGAUGGAAACUGCAAAAACCCAAAGCCUCCAAAACUAACCAGGUCCGCCUAACACCCCCUCCCUCCCCUGAGAAGAUGGAUGUCCUCAAAAGAGAAAGAACAAACCUCCUUGGGGAGCCACAUUUUUAGGGGAAUGGAAAAGCUCUGUCACCCUAACCCAGUGCUUUCCAAGGGGAGAUCAGGCUUGGGGGAAUCUUUUUCUGGCCACCUGUAGGGUAGGUUGUGACACCAAACAGAGCCACUGUGGGACAUCAAGUGGCAGAACUUACUCUCUUGAAAGUAUCUCAGACCCAAGGCACCUCAGGUCUCUUUGCCGUGCCUCCGCUGUAUUGUCGUGUGGGUGUAUGUGUGUCCCCACCCACAUCCUUAAACGUUGAUGUAGAUCUGCCUCUAUCCACUAGAAUUAUAAACAGCCCGGCUUGUCCAUGUCCCGUGUGUUUGUGAACACACGUGUAUACUGUCCAAAGAUUAGGGCUGGCAGUGGCAGGGCAGCAGGGGAGGGACAGAAACCCUCCUCUGAAUGAGCCACCAAGCUAUGGGAGACAGGGGCUCUCUCCUGGUGCCUGCACCUGCACUCUAGUGACCCUGGGUGCCGCCAUCCCCUUCUCCUCUACAAAGACCCCAGCAGGAGUGGGAGGGUCUGCAGUGUCAACACCCUGCCCUGCCUUGGCCGGAAGGCUGGAGCUUUGGUUUGAGGAUAUAGAGAUAUGUGUGUCCAUGGGAAGACAUCUGUCAGGACAGGUGGCUGUUGAGCUUGGAGUGUCUUCCCUGAGGUGUGUGACUCAGCAGCAAGGAAGGCACGCUGCUCCUCCUGGGGCUCUGGACUCUGCGUUAGCGCCCACCUCUCAGCCCUGUUCUUGGGUUUCAUGCCCCAGGACCAGCCUUAUCUCAGACCUGCUUACCUGCAUGAUGCCUUUCCGGAGGCUGGGGAUUGAGCCUUCCUGUUCUGUUCUGCCCAGCCCUGUUCUAUUCUGCAGGCUCCCUGUGUUGGAAUUCAUCCUGGGGAACCUGCUUCCUGCUCAGUGAGGCUCAGGGCAGAAACCUGCAGUCCUUAUCCUUACCUUGUAAGAGCUUCAGGGUCUGGCUUUUGCAGGCACUCUCUGACAUCAGCAGAGCUCCUGGGGCUGCUACCUGUACACCACAUGGCCUAACUACAAUGCCAAAGCCUUGCUGUCCUGUCCCCCUUUCUGCCUUGGUUUCCCCAGCUGAGCCAUGCUGCCCAUGCAGCAGAGGGCAGAAGGCUUGCAUUUGGGCCAAAGGGCCUGAGGUCCACUGGACAGUUGGGAAAACACCUGACCACCAUUUAAGGACUCUAAGCCAGAAUGGAAAAUUCACUGGGACUCCAUUCUUAAGCCUAUGGGGGUCCCCUAGAGAGAGGCAUUGUACUGAUAUAUAAAUGUUAUAUAAUAUAUACAUGAGACAUACUGACAGAAUCUGUAAGCUAAUAAAAUGUAACAAAAGGUUAAAAAAAGAAUAGGUAAAUUGACAAGAAGUAUUUAUUGUUUUUCCAUAUUGCUUUAUUACCUUCCCUGGGCAUAAACCAAUUCCCAUCCUUUUUAUAUGUAUAAGUAAAGCCUGAAGUGUAGGGGGCCUUUGUUCUGGGAGCAGCCAGGGUCUCCUUGCCCCGGCCUUGGCCUUCCCUAGACUGUGUGGGGCUCAGUGUUGCAGGGGAGGGGGUGCACUUGUUCCACCCUUUGGCCUCCUUACUUUUCAGCAAGCCAGGGGCCCAGCAGUCAGCUCCCAGGACGUGUGGGGAGCUGCCCUGUCUUGCAGGCCUGAGCGAGUAUGUGAGCAUGUGAGGACAUGGGUGUGUAUGGCACACACGGGUGUGUGUGCGCCUUUUGUAUUUUUUCUCCUCCAAGGAGCUGUGUCAGUGUGGACGUUCUGUUUCAGGGAGUUGGAAAGGAGAGUGUCUGCAGAAGGUGGGAGCAGGGGCAGAGGCCGCACCGGCCACCCCCUGCUUCCCAGAGUGAAACCUUGUGCCUGGUGACCAAGGUCCCUCCAAAGUGCUCUUCUUUCUGAGAUAUUCAAGCCAAAUAUCUGGGUUCCCCCUCUCCCGAUUCCUUAGCAAACCCCAAUUACCUUCCAAGAUAGGAGAUAUUUCCCAUCCCCUUCCUUUGUAAAUAUCUCCUCUCCCACGGGACAGCCUGGCAGCCUCUUCCCGGCCCGGAUGUUCUGUCCUCACUCGAGGCUGGGCGGUGGAUCAGACCGUUCAAGCAGCCUGGCUGGGGCCCAGGACUGAGUCGGGGGUCAGCUUUCACUGUCACUUUCUGCUUCCUCACCACCCACUGCAGCCCACCUCACAUGCGUGGCCAGCUCCUCCACUCCAGCCUGAGCUGUGUGUGCCCCUAGGGGAGGACCUGUUGAUGCUGGAAAGCUGGAAACUCCCUCCCAGCAUCCCUGUGGGAGUCAGUUUCCAAGAGUGUAGCCUUUCAAGGUGAAUGAUGGGGAAGGGUUCCCCAGUCCCCACAGUGGCCCCACCUCUGGGCCCUGCACCAAAACCCUCCUGUGUCACAGGGGCUGUGCACCCAUGCACACACCUACGCACACAUACCACUCCGCACUGCAGUAUAUUCUUGCCAAAGAUUUCCUUUAAAAGAAAGCACUUUCACUAAUUAUUAUUUUGUGUUUAUCCUCUUCUGUCUUCUCCCUCCCUCAGUCGAUUUUACUGUUGUUUAUUGUUGAAUCUAUUUGUCAGCCAGGAGAGCGCUGUCUGGUCUGGAACAUGGGCUGGGAUGGGAAAGGGUCUGGGAGAAGAUGGGCAAGGAAGAGCCAGGAGUCACGGCUAUCGCAGUGAAACAGACCCAGGCAGGCUCAGGCCUGUGCUGCCACUAACUCUCCAGCUGGGUGUCUGAGGGAAGAGGGCAGAGGAGGGUCGUGUCCCAUUCAGCUGGGGGAGGGGUCCAGUGAGUUCCAUGUGGCUCUUUCCCAGGGGGAGCAAGAGGGAAGGAUUGGACGAGCAAAUAAUGGAGAGGGGACCUGAGAAGGAAACCCAGGAGGAAAGGAGCUGUUUGAUCAGCCUGCUGUCACAGCGUCCUGGCUCUCUUAUUUGGCCAUGUGUUUGAGGGACACAUACAUCAUGUCCUAAGUCUGGGAAAGGCCUUUGACCCAUCUCAUCUGAGCCUCUCCUCCAGUAGCUCUGAAAGCUGUGGAUGCUGAUGGCCAGGAUUCCUUCUCCCCUGGUUUUUGAGGAUCCCUGGGUGUUCCGAGACUGGCCAGGAGUGGGUUGGUGGGGCCAGUGGCCGCGUGGCAACAGGAGGGGGUAGCCCUCCUGGACAAGUGUGAUCCCCCUCGAAGGGGCUCUCAGGAGGUUGGUGAGCAGGGGAUUCUGCCUUGUUCUGAUGAGCCUAUGCAGAGGCUCUAGGGGGUCACAGAAGGGUGGCGAGUGUGAACAGAUCCAGUCUCACUCCCACUUUUGUCCACCACCCCUGCCUUCUGGAUAUUCUCCCCCUGGUUUUUCCAGCUUUAGGACUUGGGGAGAUCAUGUGAGUCAAGGGAGACACCCACUUCCACCUCCACAUUCAGGGUCCUCCUAGAGGUUGGGGGGCAGAGUCCCAGAGCAGCCCUUUACCCCAGGUCCAGGCCCUGGAAUCCUGAGGCUCGUGUUUCCUUGGCCAAUGGUAACACAGGACGUGUGUGUGGAUGUGCAGGUGUGGUUGUGUGUGUGUGCAUGUGUUUUGCUCAUCUCUUUAGGGAACUUGGGGGUGGGGGUUGGAGGUGCUGGGCAAUGGAACUUCAAGUUCAAUGUCACCCAGCAGUGAGGGGAGUCAGGGGCAGGGCCUGUAGGGCCACCCAUCAGUGGAGUCUCAGUGAUGGCUCAGAUGAGGAGCGGGCCACCCAGAGGGGCAGGGUGGGGGCUUCGGGCAGAUCUGAACCUCUUGGCUCCUCUGUCCUCAAAUGUCCAAAAUGUUGGAGGAUCUCUGUUUAUAUCCCAUGCCCGGGCUCUUGCCAGCAGAGGAGUUACUGUAAAGGGAUGUCCCAAGCUUAUUCUCCAAUCAGUGUUAAGCCGUUCCAAACUCUCCUGUGUCUGUGUUUGUGUGUGUGUGUGUGAGAGAGAGCACAUCAGUGUGUGCAGGCCGUGCUUCCCAAUGUCUCUCUUCCCUUCAGACCCGUCAUUCAGAACAAAUGUCAGAAAUUCCUUCCCACCACCCUCCCUGCCUCCCCAGCCCUCUGCGGGAGAAACAAGAUCGCCCAGCGUCCUCCCCAACCCUGGCUGUGUAUUUAUAUAGAUGGAAAUAUACUUUAUAUUUUGUAUCAUCGUGCCUAUAGCCGCCACCACCGUGUAUAAAUCCUGGUGUAUGCUCCUUGUCCUGGACAGGAAUGUAUUGUACACUGACGCGCCCCCACUCCUGUACAGCUGCUUUGUUUUUUUGCGAUGCAUUGUAUGGCUUUAUAAAUGAUAAAGUUAAAGAAAAAUC